UCACACUCUCAAAGGGUCACAUUUGGUCGAGUCUCAUUGCUGGAGUCACAGGACUUUCACAAUGCGGUGUCUGCUUUCAGCGUAUCUUCUGCCACUGAUUCUGCAUUCGUGCAGCGGUGCAGACUGGUGCUACCAGACACAAGUGAGCUGUGAAUCUCACUGUAAAGAACCAGACCGAUGGAGUGAAGUCAGUGCAGACUGUGGGAAGAACAGGCAGUCACCAAUCAACAUAGUGACGAAGAAAACCAAGCUGGACGAGCGGCUGACGCCUUUCAAAUUCACCGGCUACCAGACCGUAUUCGACAGCACCAUGAAGAACAACGGCCACUCGGUUCAGGUCAGUAUACCCAUCACAGCCACAGUGUCUGGAGGAAACCUGGGAGAAACGUACAAGGCCGUGCAGUUUCACCUCCACUGGGGCACUAACGGAGGUCCUGGAUCUGAACACACCGUCGAUGGAGAGCAGUAUCCUAUGGAGCUGCAUAUUGUGCACAUGAAACAAAGAUUCAACAGACUUGAAGAUGCACUCAGAGAUCCUUCAGGAAUUGCGGUGCUGGGAUUCUUCUACGAGGAGUCGAGCAGCUCUAACAGAAAGUAUGAUCUCUUCACACACGGCCUGCGCAGCAUCCAGAAUACAAAUGGAAACACGACGCUCCGUAAGAUCUCUCUGAAUCAGCUCAUUCCUCCUGAAGUCAACAUGACUAACUAUUACCGGUAUGACGGCUCUCUAACCACACCGGGCUGCACGGAGGCUGUGGUGUGGACGGUGUUUGAAAACCCCAUUCCCCUCGACAGAGAACAGCUCCGGGCUUUUUCCACCCUGAAGUUCCACGAUGGGAACCCGAUGGUGGGCACAUUCAGACCCGUUCAGCCGCGUAACAGACGCGUGGUUUACCGGUCCAGCGGCGCAGCGGUCGCCGCCAGCGCCGUCCUGAUUCUGGCCUCCAUCAGCUGA